GCAUUUGCAUACUUUAUCAAAAGACAAAAAUCAUUUAAGCAAAAAAGCAGAAGUAGUCACAAACUAGGAAUGGAUUUAGCACAAAUACUACACAUGAAUGGAGACGUCGAAGAAGCAAGCUAUGCAAACAACUCCUUAGUUCAGAGAGAGGCGAUUUCUUUGGCAACAUCUUCAAGAGUUAAAGCUAUAACAAAUCUAUAUUGUAGCUUGUGCCCUAGAAGUUUUGCAAUUGCAGACUUGGGUUGCUCUUCUGGACCAAACACAUUGUUGGUGACCUCAGAAAUUAUUAAAGUUGUUGAAAAACUUUGUCAACAAUUGAAUCAUCAAUCUCCAGAAUAUAAGGUUUUUUUGAACGAUUUACCGGGAAAUGACUUCAACAGCAUAUUCAAAUCUCUUGACACAUUCAAAGAAAAACUACGCGAUGAAAUAAAAACUGAAAUAGGUCCUUGCUACUUCUCGGGUGUUCCGGGUUCCUUUUAUAGCAGAAUUUUUCCUAACCAGAGUUUGCAUUUUGUCCAUUCUUCAUAUAGCCUUCAUUGGCUGUCUAAGGUUCCCAAAGGUGUAGAUAACAAUAAGGGUAACAUUUGCCUAUUGACCACAAGUCCAUCAAAUGUUGUCAAAGCUUAUUGCGAGCAAUUUCAUAUAGAUUUCUCUCUUUUUCUCAAUUGUCGUGCUCAAGAAUUAGUUGAAGGAGGUUGCAUGAUUCUAACACUUAUAAGCGGGUAUUCGAACUGUUGGGAACUUUUGUCAAAAGCUAUUAAUGAUAUGGUCAUUCAGGGAAUCAUUGAAGAAGAGAAACUCAAUACUUUUAACCUUCCAAACUAUUUUCCAUCUCCAUCUGAAGUGAAAUCGGAAGUUAAAACUGAAGGAUCAUUUUCCAUCAAUCAAUUGGAGGUUUCAGAAGUAAAUUGGUAUGCUCCUGAAUCUGAUAUGGUUGAAUCAGUAGUAAAAAGCAAGAGGGCUAUACUUGAACCUUUGUUAAUUAGUCAUUUUGGAGAAGGUGUCACUAAAGAGAUAUUUGAGCAUUUUGGAAAAAUAUUAACAAGUGGAAUAUCCAAAGAGAAAGCUAAGAUGGUAAAUCUUACCAUAACAUUGACUAGAAAACCAUGAGGAAAUCAUUUUGUUUGUGAUUAAUAUUUGCUAAAAGGUUUUAAAAAGUGAGUUAUUUGGAAGUCGUUAAAUGUUUAUAUUUUCUCUGAUAAGAUUAAAUGUAAUAAGCAAGAGGUUAAUACAAUUUAUUCUUUAUAUCAUUGAAGUAAUUUAUGAUUAAGAAUUUAAGAUCUCAGGUUUUUUUUUAAAGAGUGGAUAGGAGAACAUACUUCUAACCAAUUCACCCAAGUUGUCCCCCUGUUGUCCAUGACUUCGUUCCAAAGAAAAUCUCUUUGGAUUUUGAUCAUCUCCUUUAACACCACUUUGGGGAUCUUGAAAAAUUAGAGGUAACAUAUAGAAAUUGAGUUUAGGACGGAAUUUAUCAAGGUGACUCUACCUCCUUUUGACAAAAACCUCCCUUUCCACGAUGAAAGUUAGCACUUCAUACUCCGAAUUAUUGGCUUCCACACCGCUUGCUGCAUUUGAUUUGCACCCACCUUGAUACCAAGGAAAUUAAACGGUAUUGACCGUGUACUGCAACACAAAAAAGACGCCGCUUCAUGACGAAACGAAUUUUCUAUAUUUAAAACCUAACAAGCUGCUUUUACAAAGACUAGCGUUUAAUCCAAAUACGAGUUCAAAACCUCUUAGUAUCUCUUUGACACCCCUCAAAUUGUUCCAAGAUGGUUCACAAAUUAACACUGUAUCGUCUAUGAAUUGCAAAAGUUCAAACUCCAACCCCGCAGAUAAAUUGAAACCCUUUAGAAUCCCCAACUCUACUCCUCCUGAUUCCAGCAUGGCAAGCCCCUCUGCAACCAACGUGAACAAGAAUGGAGAUAACGGGUCUUUAUCCAUCUUGAAAUCAGAGGUUGGGCUUCCAUUAACAAGAACCAAUAAUGUU